UGCUGGUACUCACACGUUAACGCGUAUCUAUAAUUAUUCGCGUGCAUAUGCGCGACCACGUUAUAUUACUUUAGUGUCGAACGGUCAGAAGUCGCCCAAUUUACGAGUCCCCGCAUCAAAAAUUCCCGAUAGCAAAGCCGAAAAAUAGAGCAUCUAUACACGGUAUCUUUAUAUACACACUUACACAUAUCGCGCGUAUACACCUAUAUCUCUAUAGUAAAUACGAGUACACUACACAAGUAUAGCAGCAGGCGCAGGCGAGUGAGAAGGAUAGAAAAAUCUACAAGUAUCAUCAUCAGUCGAAAAGACCAGAUAUAGCGUACAGAUCCACGUAAAUGGUGUGUAUCGCAGCAACAACAUUGUACCAUCACACUAUUCAUCGCUCGCGCUCGACUUUAUUAAGAAUAAAAUCACUGCUGAACCAAAAUGGCUGAUACAACUUCAGGAACCGACAGUACACCUACGGUGCCCAAAGGGUUACCUGCAUUAAAACAACAAAUAAUGCAAGAUAAAAUAAAAAUUGCUCAAUGGCUAUUGAGAUGUAUAACUAUUUUUUUCACUUUAAUUUUUUUAAUUCCAAUAGUUGGAAAUCCAUUUGAAUCAUAUUACAAAAUACUGCUUAGUUGUACAGCGACAAAUCUUCUUCGACUUCAUCAAAGGUUACCAAGAAUUACCUUCACUAGAGAGUUUUUACAACUGCUAUUCCUUGAAGAUUCAUUUCAUUACUUGUUUUACACAUUUGUAUUUCAAUACACUGCACCAGUUACAUUGGUAAUAAUUCCAGUUUUCCUUUUUGCUCUGCUUCAUGCUGCAAGUUAUUCUUUGACUCUCCUAGAUUGUCUGGGUCAGAACAGCUGGUGGGGUGCUCGUUUAUUGAUUUCCCUUGUAGAAUUCCAGUCGCGUAACAUCUUAAAACUAUGUGCUUUGUGUGAAAUUCUCAUCAUGCCUCUAACAGUUUCCCUAAUUUUCUCGGGCAGAGCUGGUCUUUUCACUCCCAUUGUUUACUAUCAAUUCCUUCAGUUACGCUUAUCUUCAAGAAGAAAUCCAUUUACUCGCAAUGUUUUUAUUGAACUAACCAAUAUAUUUGAUUCUGUUGCUAUGAAGCCAAGUGUACCUGAAUUCUUGAGAAGAAUCGUUAGAAGCAUUGUAGACGUUAUGCGCAGAAUAACUCCAGUUCAUCAACAGUAAUUAAGUGAUCUGAAAAAUUAUUAUUUUCAGAUACUGUGAAUUAUAAAGCUACUUGAUAUAGAAAGAACUUUAUACAAAAUUGGUGACUGAAACUAUUAUCUAAAAACAACUAAAAAAAUAGUAAACUGUGACAACACUGAUUCUAAACAUUUUUUCAGAAAAAUCUUGUAUGUUUUCAAAAAGUUGUUUGAUAUUUACGUUUCAUAUCUAAUUUAAGCAGCAUUAAAUUCAGAGUAAUUUAAUUUAAAUAUAAUAAUUGUUUUGAAUCUUCUGAAUAAUAUUACAAAAUUUAUUGUGCGAAUCUUGCUAGGGGUCUAUUGACAAGGUGUGAUCUAUACAUUAAGAGCAAACUGCAGUAUGAAUUUUCUAUUUAGAUAAAACAAUCACUAGUGGUCGAACAUUGUUAAAACAGUUAUGAGUGUGAUUUUUAUAAAUUUCAGUUUGAAUAGUCAAAAUUAUUUCAAGUUGAAAAUUUUCUUGAUAAAUAGUUAAAAAUUGAAUUUGAAUUUAUUUACAUUCCCUUUAACCACCUAACUUGAAUUCAAAAUAUAUAAAGUGAAUUUUAUGAGCCUAAUAAUAUGUAAUAAUAAUAAAUUUAGUUGAUUAACUCUAAGAUAUAAAUUUUGCUACUUUUGAAACAGUGCUAUUUUUAAAGUUUAUAAAGAGAUUUAUAAAAAAAAGUUCAAAAGUUUUUAAAAACUUUAACCACCAUAACCAUGAAUGAUGUGAGAAUCUUCAAUGUUUAAGUGCAUUUAAUUGUUACGUGUAGUUUAUAAAUUAAUAGUAUUACUUGAAAUCAUUUUUUAAUUUCUUUGCACUCUUACUUCUAGUAUAGUUCAGUCCAGGAACAUAAAUCUAAUUGAUGUGUAAUACUAGUUAAUAAGGGUUUAUAAUUUCUAUAAAUGGUGAACUUUGUGUAAGUAUUUGCACCACUGAACAAUACCUUUGUAUCUCAAUGUAAGUAUAUCAUUAAGAAAAUUAUUGUUUUUGCGGU